CUUUUUGUUCCGCUUUAGCCGAAAAAUUAAGUAACGAUGUUGUAAAAGAUGUUUCAAUAUUAGAUGACGGGAAUACAAAGGGUUCAGCCUCUGAAAUGCCAGGAGAAAAUAAGGAUGACACUAAAACUGACAAUAAGAAAACUAACGGAAGUGAACCUUUUACAACUGAAGAAAUUGAUGAUACACUUUAUUUGAAAAUAAAUGAUAAAAACUUGUUAGCUACUUUACAAUCAUUUGUGAGAUCUGAAGAUUUGUAUGCUGUAAUUCCAAAGAUAUCUGCCCAUGAAUUAUUCAUGAUCCUUCCGCAAUUAAGAAAUUAUGUUGGGAAUGAUCCAACAACGGAUCAAAUGUCUGGUUCUAAUGUCCCCUUAGACAAUCCAAAUAACCCUCCGUUAAAAAAACUAGUCAAUUGGCUAGAAGAAGCAUUUGAUACUACAUUAAAACAAAUUGAUAAUAUGAUUAAUAAGUUUAUGAACUCUGUUAGAAGCUGGCAUAUUAGUCAUUUUAUCGGUGUUUUAAGUAUUGAUCAACUUCCUGUAGUUCCCUUAAAAGAGGAAUGUGAAAUGCGUGAUGAAUUGGUAAAACGUGGUAAAAACUUUGAAAAGUAUGCUCUUGGAGCUCAUUAUUUAAGAUAUUCUGGCAAAUUUUUCCGUCAAUCUUGGUGUGGCAAUACUUAUUACAAAGGUGAUGGACGUAUUAUGAUUGACACUGCAACCUUUUGUCUAAUUGAUCCAAAUUACAAUAUGGGUUUUAAUUCGGUAAAUUACAUGCACACUCAUAUUACCAAUCGUAAUGCUAUACCCAAACUGUCUGUUGAGGGUGCCAAAAAAAAAGUUAAAGAGGAGGAGCUUUACAUCUUUUAUGCUAAAAAAUGGGGGCAAUUUUAUGUUGAUCAAGUGGAUGAAAUUAAAUUUGAUGACGAUGCGUUUGAUAAUUUAAUAAUGGAUACUAAUAAAAAGGAUAUUAUUACAUGCUUGGUAAAAUCCGAACUUUCUGGAGGAUUGGACUUGAUUAGUGGUAAAGUGGGUAAAACAUUAACUACCGAAGCUAUCUCUGAAUAUUUGCGUCGUCCGUUAUAUGCUGUCAGUGUUGGUGAAUUAGGCGUGACACCUAAGGAAUUAGAAGCCAAAUUAAGUGAAAUUCUUGAAGUUGCAAGCGUUUGGGAUGCAGUCAUUCUCAUUGACGAAGCUCAAAUUUGGCGUACAUUUUUGGAUCGUGCUGAUGGUAAAGAUAAAAGUCAAGUUGACAUAGAAAAAUUAAAACAACGACAAUUGAAUGGCAGGGAAAUCAAAACGACCGUUCGAAUGGCAAAGGCUCUUGCUACAAAAACAGAUCCUGGUGCUGUUAUCACUACAUCACAUUUGGAAAAUAUCUUGGAUAUCACCUUAAGGGAAUUUUGA